GGCCAGGUUAUACUUUGUGAAAGCAAAAACAAGAAGUAGGGUUAAGAAACAAUGCCGAAGUCGAAGCGUAAUAGAGCCGUGACCUUGUCGAAGACGAAGAAGAAGGGGAAGGAGCACAAAGAAAAUAUAGUAAAUACAAUAAGGGAAUGUGCGGAAAAGUAUAGUUCAGCUUACGUCUUUAGUUUCGAGAACAUGAGAAAUCUCAAGUUCAAGGAGUUCAGAGAUCAGCUCAAGUCCUCUAGCAGAUUUUUCCUUGGAUCAAACAAAGUCAUGCAGGUAGCACUUGGCCGGUCAGUCUCCGAUGAGAUUAGACCUGGUCUCCAUAAGAUUUCUAAGCUCGUACGUGGAGAUUCAGGCCUUUGCUUUACUAAUUUAUCAAAGGAAGAGGUCCAAAGGUUGUUUAACGAGUUUGAAGAAUAUGACUUUGCAAGGACUGGCAGUGCAGCAACAGAAAAGGUAGAGCUACAAGAAGGCCCUCUUGAUCAGUUCACACAUGAGAUGGAGCCAUUCCUACGAAAGCAGGGCAUGCCAGUUCGAUUGAACAAAGGUGUUGUGGAGCUUGUUUCUGACUUUGUUGUAUGUGAAGAAGGGAAGCCAUUGUCACCAGAGGCAGCUCGCAUACUGCGCCUGCUUGGUAUCAAGAUGGCUACUUUCCGGCUCAACUUAAUAUGCAGGUGGACUCCUGAUGAAUUUGAAAUCUACAGAGAAGGAUUGGAAGAGUCAGAUAUUGAAUCCUCAUAGACAGUUCUCACACCUCUGAUGACACAUGUUUUACAAGAUUAAAGUUGCACGGUGUGGGUUGAUCCUUUGAUACUCCUAGAACCUCUUGCCAGCUGAAGUCACAGGGGGUGUUUUUUACUUGGUCUCAAGAUAUUACUUGACCAGUCAUCAAUUUUGGCAAUAUUAUAGCUUCGGUAUUCAGACUUCAGUCUCUGUGUGCGUGGAAGGUGUUUGAACUAUUUUGACUCUUCAAUGUAACGGAUUUAUACUUCAAAAGGGGAAAAAUGUAACAGAUUUUAUGUGAAAUUCCUACUAAAGUGUACAACUUCAAAUUUGGAUCUCAACGUUCGUUGAUGGUUGGCCUGGUGUCUAGGCUUUCUGCGAGCUCA